GUUUGUGAGUUGUGACACAAACCAUCUCUUAUGGCAUAAAAUUCUCGAUAUGAUCAUUUGUAUAACACUGGCACACUGUAGUGUUCACAAGACUUUUUAGAGCAACUAGUACAACAGUUGUUAACAAAAAAAAAAAAGUGUUCAUAAAGGGUUUUGAUUGCCACCAUUUCUCCGAACGACGUCGUUUCGUUAUUGAUAUCUCUGAUUCAUUGACUGUGUGCGCGAAUCUGUGCAAGAGAAUUAGGGAAACACGUCUAAAAACAGGAAGAAAGAGCAGAGAGGAAAGGAAGAUGGAGAAAGAGAAGGAGAGUGUGAGCUUGGAAGGAGGGAAAGUGAUACUUGUCCCUUACAUGAAACAACAUGUUCCCAAAUACCAUGAGUGGAUGCAAGACCCAGCUCUGCUUCAAGCCACCGGCUCUGAGCCCCUCACUCUCGACCAGGAAUACCAGAUGCAGCUCACCUGGACCCAAGACCCCAACAAGCAGACUUUCAUUGUGUUAGAUAAGCAAUUGGUGGUGGGAGAGUUCAAACACGGAGAGGCCCAUGUGGAAGCCAUGGUAGGUGAUGUGAAUUUAUAUAUGAAUGACCUGGAUGAUCCCCAAAUGGGAGAGGUUGAAAUAAUGAUAGCUGAACCCAAAAGUCGUGGUAAAGGACAUGGGAAGGAAUCUGUCUUGAUGAUGAUGGCAUUUGCAGUUGUGAAUUUGGGGAUUCACAUCUUCCGUGUUAAAAUUGGAGAAUCAAAUGGUGCAUCUCUUAGCUUGUUCCAGAAAUUGGGAUUUGAGGAGACUUCUCGUAGUGAAAUCUUCAAAGAGGUGACAUUGGAGCUAAAUGUAACAAAGGCCAAGCAUGAGGAGCUGCUGCGUUUGAUGGGUAGCUUGGUUAUGCAUACCUAACUGUCAAUAACCUACCUAUUCAGGUUACUUUCGCAUACCAUUAUCAAAUCAACUGUCACCCUAGUGCUUUGUAUGCCAAAAGGGUUUGAGGUUGCUAGACUGAACAGGCUACACAUAAACAUUAGGGCUAAACUAACAUUUAAUCCCAUAUUGAAGAUCAAUCUAACUUGUCUGUUACUUCUCAUAUCCAUUUUCACCCUUUUUUAAUUUACUUAUUUUCUUACUCCUGCUGGUCCUGUUUGCUAUUGUUGUAAUCUUCUUAUCAUCUGGAGAAUCUAGUCACAUUUUAUUGUAUUUGGUAAAAACCUUUUGGUGUUUAUAAUAGACAUUAGUGUGAUCCAGAGUGUUACGCA